AUGGGAAAGUUAUUGGAGGCUCGAAUCAACCUUAUGGCAACUGAUGAUCAUCUCAAGCGACUAAGAGAGUCAAACUAUGGUUUAUUAAUGGCUGAUUAUGAGGUUCUCAAAUUUGGCAAUGUGGUGAAGCUUUUUUGUGCCAUACAAAAUGUUCAGAAACUUUCCUUAAAUGCUGAUACUCUUAAGGUGCUUUCUCUAUGCACUGAAUCCAUACCAAUGUUCAACAACCUCAAAUUCUUAGUUGUUUCAAGUGAGGAGGAUCGAGGAUGGCAAGCUAUGCCUGCUGAGAAUUUAUUAUUAUACUAG